GCGGCGGCCGCUCUCGAGCGCAGCCCUGCCCAGCCGCGCGUCCCGGUACCCGCGCCCCACGGCCACAGCCUUGCUGCGCUAUAGCGCACGGAGCAUGUGCAGACCCGCAGGCGUUAAGGUGCUAUCUGUCCGGGGGGCUUCUGGGCAGUGGUGACUGUCACGCCUAGAGAGACCUUUCGGGGGCUCUCGCCGCGCCUCUGCGUUGUGGGUGACACUGCGGUGCUCACGCUCAGGACAUCAGCUGCCUCUCGGUGGUCUUGAGACGUCUUGAGCUCCGUGCGCUCUCCCUCUUCUUCCUUCGCGGUUUUCUCCUUCCCUUCCUCCGCAGCUAGCUCCUUCCCUCGCCCGCUCACAUCCGCAGGCUCCAGGAGCAGGAGGCUUGGGUCCCCUCCGCCUUUUUUCCAAAGGGGCCUCCUCGCUUCGGAGAUGCAGUGAAGAGUUAAUAUGGGCUUGCAAGCCUCAGGUUCCCAGGAAGAGAAUCACAAGAGGCAACAGCCCCUGAGCUCCCAGAGCCCCUGAAUUGGUCGCCCAGAAGGGGCGUGAGACUCGGCUGCAGCAUCCAUCCAGGUGGGACCAGUUGAGCGCCGCGACUAGUCCUCCGCAGCAUUCCAGCAUCUCGAAGGCGCGCUCAUCGUUUUGCUCCGAACUCCCCGACCCGGGGAUUUUUUUCCCCCUCCACUGGUGGUGGGCGCCUCGAGGGCCGAGGCCCGGCGCCUACUCUGCUGCCCGCGCUGCCUUUAGCGGUCGCCUCCGCCGCCGCUGCCAGGGACGUGCUGGGAAAGCCGAAGCCCCGCGAAAAGAUGCCGGCCAUCCUGGUCGCCUCCAAAAUGAAGUCGGGACUGCCCAAACCCGUGCAUAGCGCCGCGCCCAUCCUGCACGUGCCCCCGGCCCGGGCCGGCCCCCAGCCCUGCUACCUCAAGUUGGGAAGCAAGGUGGAGGUGAGCAAGACCACCUUCCCUAGCCAGAUCCCACUGAAAUCGCAGGGGCUGCAGGAGCCGGCGGGGGAGGGGCUCCCGCUGCGGAAGAGCGGCUCGCUGGAAAACGGGUUCGAUACCCAGAUCUACACGGACUGGGCCAAUCAUUAUCUAGCCAAAUCAGGCCACAAACGUCUCAUCAAGGAUCUCCAGCAAGAUGUGACAGACGGUGUUCUUCUGGCUCAGAUUAUCCAGGUUGUGGCAAAUGAAAAGAUUGAAGACAUCAAUGGCUGUCCGAAGAACAGAUCGCAAAUGAUUGAAAACAUAGAUGCCUGCUUGAACUUUCUGGCAGCUAAGGGGAUAAACAUUCAGGGGCUGUCUGCAGAAGAAAUCAGGAAUGGAAACCUCAAGGCCAUUCUAGGCCUCUUCUUCAGCCUCUCCCGGUACAAGCAGCAGCAGCAGCAGCCCCAGAAGCAGCACCUCUCCUCGCCUCUGCCGCCUGCCGUGUCCCAGGCAGCCGGGGCCCCCUUCCAGUGCCAGGCUGGCACUCCUCAGCAACAGGUGCCAGCCACUCCCCAGGCCCCGUGCCAGCCUCACCAGCCAGCACCACAUCAGCAGUCAAAAGCACAAGCCGAGAUGCAGUCCAGUGCAUCAUCCAAGGACUCAUCUCAAAGCAAAAUCAUCCGCUUCACUCUGGGUCAGAGAAAGAUCUCUAGACUUCCAGGUCCUACUGCCAGGGUAUCCGCUGCAGGCAGCGACGCCAAAGCUCGCGGAGGGUCAGCUGCUGCUAACAACCGACGCAGCCAAAGCUUUAACAACUAUGACAAGUCCAGACCAGUCACCUCCCCACCCCCACCGCCACCACCAAGCAGCCACGAGAAAGAGCCAUUGGCCAGCCCAGCCUCCUCCCACCCCGGAAUGAGCGAAAAUGCACCUGCUUCUUUGGAGAGUGGCAGCGGCUCCACCCUUGCUAAUUGCAGCGUCUCCUCGGCCAUCCCGCAGCCCGGCGCAGCCACCAAGCCCUGGCGCAGCAAGCCCAUCAGUGUGAAGCACAGCGCCACGUCCUCCAUGCUCUCGGUCAAGCAGCCCGUGUCCGAGGCCCCCAGGCCCAGCCCCGAAGCCUUGAAGCCAGCGCCCAACAAUCAGAAGUCCAUGCUGGAAAAACUGAAACUUUUCAACAGCAAAGCGGGUUCCAAGGCGGGUGAGGGCCCGGGGUCACGGGACACGAGCUGCGAGCGGCUGGAGAUUCUGUCCAGCGUUGAAGAGAGCGAAGAGAUGGAGGCCACCGGCCGCACGCCCUCCAUGGCGGGCCCCACUUCCAGCAGCCCCAAGAUCGCGCUCAAGGGCAUUGCCCAGAGAACUUUCAGCCGGGCCCUGACCACCAAGAAGAGUUCCCCGAAAGGCAACGAGAAGGAAAAGGAGAAACAACAGCGGGAAAAGGAAAAGGAGAAAAGCAAGGACCUCACCAAGAGAGCCUCCGUGACGGAGAGGCCAGACCUCAAAGAGGGGCCCAAAGAAGACCCCAGUGGGGCAGCGGUGACCGAGAUGCCAAAAAAGUCCUCCAAGAUCGCCAGCUUCAUCCCCAAAGGGGGCAAGCUCAGCAGUGCCAAGAAGGAGGCCCCAGCCCCUUCCCUCAGUGGAAUACCAAAACCAGGAAUGAAGAGCAUGCCUGGGAAAUCCCCAAGUGCCCCUGCCCCUUCCAAGGAGGGGGAGCGGAGCCGGGGUGGGAAGCCGAGCUCGGGGCUCCCCCAGCAGAAGCCCCAGCUGGACGGCAGACACUCCAGUUCCUCCUCCAGCCUGGCAUCCUCAGAAGGGAAAGGCCCAGGAGGGACCACCCUGAACCACAGCAUCAGCAGCCAGACUGUCAGUGGGUCCGUCGGAACCACCCAGACCACAGGAAGCAACACCGUCAGCGUUCAGCUACCUCAGCCCCAGCAGCAAUACAGCCACCCCAACACUGCCACGGUCGCGCCUUUCCUGUACAGGUCCCAGACAGACACCGAAGGGAAUGUUACCGCUGAGUCCAGCUCAGCAGGUGUGAGCACGGAGCCUGGCCACUACACCAAGAGCGGACAGCCUGCGCUGGAAGAACUCGCCGGGGAAGACCCGGAGGCUCGGCGGCUGCGGACGGUGAAGAACAUUGCUGACCUGCGGCAGAAUUUGGAGGAGACCAUGUCCAGCUUACGGGGAACUCAGGUUACACACAGCACAUUGGAAACCACGUUUGACACCAACGUCACCACGGAGAUCAGCGGACGCAGUAUCCUCAGCCUGACCGGCAGGCCCACCCCUCUCUCCUGGAGACUCGGCCAGUCCAGCCCCCGCCUCCAAGCAGGGGACGCCCCCUCUAUGGGCAAUGGGUACCCGCCUCGAGCCAACGCCAGCCGCUUCAUCAACGCCGAGUCGGGCCGCUACGUGUACUCUGCGCCCCUGAGGAGGCAGCUGGCCUCCAGGGGCAGCAGUGUCUGCCACGUGGACGUCUCAGACAAGGCAGGAGAUGAGAUGGACCUGGAGGGCAUCAGCAUGGACGCCCCCGGCUACAUGAGCGACGGGGACGUCCUGAGCAAGAACAUCCGGACGGACGACAUCACGAGCGGGUACAUGACUGAUGGUGGACUUGGCCUCUACACCCGUCGCCUGAACCGGCUCCCUGAUGGGAUGGCUGUGGUGCGGGAGACCCUGCAGAGAAACACCUCCUUGGGCCUCGGGGAUGCUGACAGCUGGGAUGACAGCAGCUCCGUCAGCAGUGGCAUCAGCGACACCAUAGACAACCUCAGCACUGAUGACAUCAACACCAGCUCCUCCAUCAGCUCCUAUGCCAACACACCUGCCUCCUCUCGCAAAAACCUGGAUGUACAGACCGACGCGGAGAAGCACUCGCAGGUGGAGAGGAGCUCCCUCUGGUCGGGUGACGAUGUCAAGAAGUCCGACGGAGGGUCAGACAGCGGCGUGAAGAUGGAGCCGGGCUCCAAGUGGCGGCGGAAUCCCUCGGACAUGUCUGAUGAGUCCGACAAAAGCACGUCGGGCAAGAAGAACCCCGUCAUCUCCCAGACAGGCUCGUGGCGGCGCGGCAUGACGGCCCAGGUGGGCAUCACCGUGCCCAGGACGAAGCCGGCUGCCUCGGCGGGCGCGCUGAAGACCCCAGGAUCAGGAAAAACCGACGAUGCAAAAGUGUCCGAGAAAGGAAGGCUGUCCCCCAAAGCCUCGCAGGUGAAGCGCUCCCCAUCAGAUGCAGGCCGCAGCAGCGGUGACGAGUCCAAGAAGCCCCUCCCCAGCAGCUCCCGGACGCCCACCGCCAACGCCAACAGCUUUGGGUUCAAGAAGCAGAGUGGCUCGGCUGCCGGCCUGGCCAUGAUCACAGCCAGUGGGGCCACUGUCACCAGCAGGUCAGCCACACUGGGCAAAAUCCCGAAGUCGUCUGCGCUCGUCGGACGGUCCACUGGUCGGAAGACCAGCAUGGACGGGGCUCAGAAUCAGGACGAUGCGUAUCUGUCUCUGAGCUCCCGGACAAACCUGCAGUACCGGAGUCUGCCGCGGCCCAGUAAGUCCACCAGCCGGAACGGGGCCGGGAACCGGUCGAGCACGAGCAGCAUAGACUCCAACAUCAGCAGCAAGUCGGCAGGCCUGCCGGUGCCCAGGCUGAGGGAGCCCUCCAAAGCGGCCCUUGGGAGCUCUCUGCCGGGCCUGGCCAACCAGACGGAUAAGGAGAAAGGCAUCUCCUCGGACAACGAGAGCGUGGCUUCCUGUAACUCCGUGAAGGUGAACCCGGCAGCCCCCCCGCCUGUGUCCAGUGCGGCUCAGGCCACUCUCCAGCCAGGGGCCAAGUACCCUGAUGUGGCCUCUCCCACACUCCGCAGACUCUUUGGUGGGAAGCCUAGCAAGCAAGUGCCCAUCGCCACAGCUGAAAACAUGAAAAACUCGGUGGUCAUCUCCAACCCUCAUGCCACCUUGACCCAGCCAGGUAACUUAGAGUCCCCCUCAGGCAGCGGCGCCCUGAGCAGCGGGAGCAGCAGUCCUCUCUACAGUAAGAAUGUGGAUCUCAACCCGUCUCCUCUAGCUUCCAGCCCCAGCUCAGCGCACUCGGGCCCCUCCAACAGCCUCACCUGGGGCACCAAUGCCAGCAGCUCCUCAGCAGUUAGCAAGGACGGCCUGGGCUUCCAGUCCGUCAGCAGCCUGCAUACCAGCUGCGAGUCCAUUGACAUCUCCCUCAGCAGCGGAGGGGGCCUGAGUCACAAUUCCUCCACGGGCCUCAUCGCCUCCUCUAAGGACGACUCCCUGACUCCCUUUGUGAGAACCAACAGUGUGAAGACCACACUGUCAGAAAGCCCUCUCUCUUCCCCUGCCGCUAGCCCUAAGUUCUGCAGAAGUACUUUGCCCAGGAAACAGGACAGUGACCCGCACCUUGAUAGGAACACUUUGCCUAAGAAAGGACUCAGGUAUGCUCCCACCUCCCAGCUCCGCACACAAGAAGACGCAAAGGAAUGGUUGCGGUCCCACUCUGCAGGGGGUCUGCAGGACACCGCUGCCAACUCCCCCUUUUCUUCCGGCUCCAGUGGAACUUCUCCCUCCGGAACAAGGUUCAACUUUUCUCAGCUUGCGAGCCCCACCACCGUCACGCAGAUGAGCUUGUCCAACCCGACCAUGCUGAGGACCCACAGCCUCUCCAAUGCCGACGGGCAGUAUGACCCGUACACCGACAGCCGCUUCCGGAACAGCUCCAUGUCCCUGGAUGAGAAGAGCAGGACCAUGAGCCGCUCGGGCUCGUUCCGGGAUGGGUUUGAAGAAGUUCACGGAUCCUCGCUCUCCUUGGUUUCCAGCACAUCGUCAAUUUAUUCGACGCCGGAGGAGAAAUGCCAGUCAGAGAUUCGCAAACUGCGGCGGGAGUUGGAUGCCUCCCAGGAAAAGGUUUCCGCUUUGACCACCCAGCUGACAGCAAAUGCUCACCUCGUGGCAGCCUUUGAGCAGAGUCUUGGCAACAUGACCAUCAGGCUUCAGAGUUUGACCAUGACAGCCGAGCAGAAGGAUUCAGAGCUGAAUGAGUUAAGAAAAACCAUUGAAUUGCUAAAGAAACAGAACGCAGCUGCUCAGGCUGCCAUUAACGGAGUAAUUAACACGCCGGAGCUCAACUGCAAAGGGAACGGCACCUCGCAGUCCGCAGACCUCCGCAUCCGCAGACAGCACUCCUCCGACAGCGUCUCCAGCAUCAACAGCGCCACCAGCCACUCCAGUGUGGGCAGCAACAUAGAGAGUGAUUCAAAGAAAAAGAAGAGGAAGAAUUGGUUACGCAGCUCCUUCAAGCAAGCUUUUGGGAAGAAGAAGUCCCCCAAGUCAGCGUCCUCUCAUUCAGACAUUGAGGAGAUGACGGAUUCUUCUUUGCCUUCCUCGCCAAAGUUACCGCACAACGGUUCCACGGGCUCCACUCCGCUGCUGAGGAACUCUCAUUCCAACUCCUUAAUUUCAGAGUGCAUGGACAGCGAGGCCGAGACGGUCAUGCAGCUCCGCAAUGAGCUGAGAGAUAAGGAGAUGAAGCUGACGGACAUCCGCCUGGAAGCCCUCAGCUCUGCACAUCAGCUCGACCAACUCCGAGAGGCCAUGAACCGGAUGCAGAGUGAAAUAGAGAAGCUGAAAGCUGAGAACGACCGGCUAAAGUCGGAGUCUCAGGGCAGUGGCUGCAGCCGGGCGCCCUCCCAGGUGUCCCUCUCUGCCUCCCCGAGGCAGUCCUUGGGCCUCUCCCAGCACAGCCUGAACCUCACUGAGUCCACCAGCCUGGACAUGUUGCUGGAUGACACUGGUGAAUGCUCGGCUCGGAAGGAAGGAGGCAGGCAUGUUAAGAUAGUUGUCAGCUUUCAGGAGGAAAUGAAGUGGAAGGAGGAUUCCAGACCACACCUCUUCCUUAUUGGCUGCAUUGGAGUCAGUGGCAAGACGAAGUGGGAUGUGCUCGAUGGGGUGGUUAGACGGCUGUUCAAAGAAUACAUCAUUCACGUCGACCCAGUGAGCCAGCUGGGGCUCAACUCAGACAGUGUUCUGGGCUACAGCAUUGGGGAAGUCAAGCGCAGCAACACUUCCGAGACGCCCGAGCUUCUGCCCUGUGGCUACCUGGUGGGAGAGAACACCACCAUCUCUGUGACCGUCAAAGGGCUCGCAGAAAACAGCCUGGACUCGCUGGUGUUCGAGUCUCUGAUCCCCAAGCCCAUCCUGCAGCGCUACGUCUCCCUGCUGGUAGAACACCGGCGGAUCAUUCUCUCCGGCCCCAGCGGCACUGGGAAAACCUACCUGGCCAACCGGCUGUCGGAGUACCUGGUGCUUCGGGAGGGACGGGAGCUGACCGAUGGGGUCAUUGCCACCUUCAACGUGGACCACAAGUCCAGCAAGGAAUUGCGCCAGUACCUGUCCAACCUUGCCGACCAGUGCGCCAGCGAGAACAACGCUGCGGACAUGCCUCUCGUCAUCAUCCUGGACAACCUGCACCACGUCAGCUCUCUGGGCGAGAUCUUCAACGGGCUGCUCAACUGCAAGGACCAUAAAUGCCCUUACAUAAUUGGCACAAUGAACCAGGCUACCUCUUCUACUCCCAACCUGCAGCUUCAUCACAACUUCAGGUGGGUGCUGUGUGCCAACCACACAGAGCCUGUGAAGGGCUUCCUCGGCCGGUUCCUGAGGCGGAAGCUCAUGGAGACGGAGAUCAGCGGGCGGGUGCGGAACGUGGAGCUGGUAAAGAUCAUCGACUGGAUCCCCAAGGUCUGGCAUCACCUCAACCGCUUCCUGGAGGCUCACAGCUCCUCGGACGUCACCAUAGGCCCCCGGCUCUUCCUGUCCUGCCCCAUCGAUGUGGAUGGCUCCAGGGUGUGGUUCACCGACCUGUGGAACUACUCAAUUAUCCCCUAUCUCCUGGAAGCCGUCAGAGAAGGACUCCAGCUCUAUGGAAGGCGGGCGCCCUGGGAGGACCCUGCCAAAUGGGUGAUGGACACCUAUCCCUGGGCGGCCAGCCCACAGCAGCAUGAGUGGCCUCCCCUGCUGCAGCUGCGGCCUGAGGAUGUCGGCUUCGACGGCUACUCCGUGCCUCGGGAGGGCUCCACGAGCAAGCAGAUGCCCCCCAGCGAUGCUGAAGGAGACCCGCUGAUGAACAUGCUGAUGCGGCUGCAGGAGGCGGCCAACUACUCCAGCCCGCAGAGCUACGACAGCGACUCCAACAGCAACAGCCAUCACGAUGACAUCCUGGACUCGUCCCUGGAGUCCACUCUGUGACGGGGGCAAGGCCAUGGAGCCUGCCCCCUCUUCCUCCUCCUCCUGCUCCCCCUCCUGCUCCUUGUCCUCCCCUCCUCCCCUCGCCCCACUCCACCUAUGUCACCGUAAUGAUGCCCUCCUGAGCCAGCCCCUGCUGCAGCCACCGAGCCCCCUCGUCCCCCAGCCUUGACCUGGCUGCAGGCAUCCCGGGCCAGCCGCCUUGGGACUGCUUCCUUCCACAGCGAGAGCUGCACUGUCUUCGGUUUUAUUUUAAGUAUUGUUUUUGCCUUGUUGCCGUGACCUCCCUAAGACACUGAAGAUACUUUUCGGGAAAGGAUCAUCACUGCUGAAACGAAAAGGGUUAAAAAUGAAAACCCCAUCCGAAGCUCUGAAACCGACUAGCAUCCUGCGACCAGCUGCCCAGCGACAGAGAGACUGGAGCAAAGUUGGAAAGGCAGGCGGCACGGCUUCCCCUCCGCGCAGGCCCCGCAGACCGGGUCUGGCCUCUGGCACCCCCAUGGCCACGCCGGCCCGCCACGGAGAACUGGUGCUAACUAGGCAUUUGCUUUGGUCCCACAACCAACAACAGAGCUCUGACACAGGGAAAAACAACAACUCGUGCUUUCUGUAUUGUUUUGUUCUCUAAAUGGUGCUCUCCUCGCCCGAGAAAUAUUUGGCCCGUUUCAGCCCAGCCACACCGUUCAGACCUGGCAGCCUGCAGCCUCUGCCGAGCCCUGGCCGAGUGCCGAAGUGAGGAUGCGCCCAGCGGACACGCCCCCGUGCAGGCAGCCGUGUCUGUCUCCUUCCCAGAGAGAAGUGAAUCAGGUUUUCCCGCUGCAGACACUGUGUGCAGGGAGAGUUGGUCUGCUUUGGAGAACGGAUGACCCCGUUGAGAAUGAGAUGGAGUUUCUCCCUUUCUGACUCUUUGAUUUUGAAGAUGUUCCCCCUUCCCCCUUUGGUCAGAAUCAAUCCUUUGGUGGAAGCGAGAGCCGCAGGAGUUCUGGUUUGGUCCUGCUGAGUUGCGGUUUUCAGUUGUCCAUCCUCACCGAUCGACACACUUGCCUCCUGCGGCUGGGGCUGUCGCGUCCCGUGAAGUGGACCAAGACCCCCGUCCUCAACACGUGGGUGAGCCGGGAUCUUGCCUUUCCUUCUUGUCCUCAAGGCUUUGGAACGCACGUCGACACCCCAAGUGUGCCAGCCCCAACCUCAGGUGGGGUAGGGAGGUCACCUCGCAAAAGACUUGCACUUUUCUCCAAACCAACGUGAUGCAACCCAACAAGGAGGUGGCGGCCGCACCCUCCUGGGACCCCCGGCCCCAGCCUCCGUCCAGGCGAGCCUUGCCUGACCUCUUCGGUGCUGACCUUCCCAAAGCGAUGCCUUACUGGUUUUGUACGAACCGUGUUCAUGUGUGAGUGUCACACCUGUCUGGGGUCUGUUUUUUUUUUUUUUUUUUCCCCCCCGUCAGAGCACACAGGGCUACAAAGUCAUCUACUCAUCAGGAGAACUCAAGUUGCUGUGACUUCUGUCUCAUUCAAAGGACUCAUUUGUGUGGGUGUGUGACCAUAGGAAAAAGGAAAAAAAAAUCCACUUUUUUUAGGUCCUUAGCCGUCUCCAGCUAACUCCCAGGCAAAGCUCCUACAAGUCUGGUCCCCAUGGCACUGCUGACACAGCCGUGCUACCCUGUGUCUCUGUGUCUUCAACACACUGGUGUUUUCCUUAAAGAGUGUGGUAAGCCUUUCCGUUGUUUGUUUCUGUUCUACAAGGAGAAUCUUGUUUGACCCCAGUGGGGGAAUCUCUCUUAAAGAUCAGGGGUUUUAUUCCAUCUUUACAUUUCUGUUCCUGAAGGGUUACCUCUGUGUUUUCUUGUUACCACAAGAGCUUGACCUGAAACGGCUCACAUUACAUCGGAUGACACCAUGUUCUUCCUCCUCCAAAGGGAAAAGGGAAUUUGUCCCACUAACUGGUAAAUGGAAAACCUCUCCACACCAUCCCUGUUUUUAUCUCAGUAGACUCAGACUCUGUUCUGCUAAGCCUUCAUCAGUCAUCAGGGUGUGUGAGUGUGUCCUGUCCUCUUUUGUUUUCCAUGCAUCUUUCAAACCACAUAUGUAGCCCGUGGCCAUGGGCCGAACCCUGAGCCUUCUGGUAGACCUGCAGAGUGGUCCUUCUCAGUCUAACUCCCUGCGAUGACCUUACACUCAUACUGUGAAUUUGGGAGGAGGCGAAACUGACUUCUCCCUGUGGGCAGUUUCCCCAGUCACCUUGUGAGUAGACACCUGUCAGUGUUGUUUGAGACUCUUUUUUUUUUUUCUUUUUUAAGCAACACCCUCCCUUUCUCUCCCCUCUCCCACAGACUUCCCUCCCACUGGGUCCAGGCUCAGAACCAAGACCUCUGUCCCUGGUGCUGCCCGACCAGCGAACAGGGAUUCCAAGUAGUGUGACCCUUGUGUGAUUCACAGCUCAGUGGCCCUCCUCACGUUUCGGGAAGCAGGGUUGUCUGAUAUGCACAUCUCUUCUCUUGGUCAUAUUUUACUUUGUCAGUGUCACUCACCUUUGAGAAAGUGACUUUGUACUCAUUUAGGGCUCUGUCCAAAAUGCUUCCAUUUUGCCUUUUUCUACAGUUAGGCUAAUUUUGAAAUGUAUGAAAUUCUAUGCAACAUUUAUGUUGAGUUACCAAUGGAAGCCAGAAUUUUCUUCCCAAACUGCCAAGAAUUAUACAGGCCAUAAAUGAGGUGGGAAUACCUUUUAAUUUAAGGUUGGGGGCGGGGUGGGGGCAGGGCAAGGAAUGAGAUUUGCCUGUACCUUUGUUGUAUCUUGGGAACACUUUUUAUUUAAUUGUGGAUGCUCUAAACUUCAGAAUUCUGUGUAUUCAGAUUUGAUCAUGGCGAAUCUACUUCAAAAGGAAAAACUAAUCCAACUUUGUGGAUAUAAACGGAAGGUUUGCUGUUUUGAUCUAGUUGUUUGCCAGCGGAGCAGUUUAUGAAAUAUGUUCUAUAAGAUGUACAUUUUUUCAUUGUAACAUAGAAAUUGUAAAUAAUGGAUUAAAGUGCUGCAUUUUGCUGAAUUUUUUCUAGCCAUUUUUAAAGAGAAAACUAGGAAUCGAGUAUUUUGUGUACGGUAUGUUUCCAUCCCCCUCCCCUUCCUCCUCGCCCUCCCUCUCUCCCUAUUUAAUUUUCAUUUGUCAUGAGGUUUUUGGAUCUGCCAAUGAUCUGCUGGAGAUCAUGCCCCACGUCAUAGAGAAUAAAGCUGAUGAUUGUACCAGUCUUAAAUUAUUCAUGAUUCAAUAAAAUCAAUGCUUAUUUAUUCAGA